GGGUCCCGCGGGCGGCUCAGACCCGGCGCGCGUGGGCUGGGGCCGCUUCCCGCGUGACACCUCGGGGCCGGCAGCGGCGGAGCCCGUUCAAGCUGACGCGGGACUGGGCCUCUGCUCGGCCACCGGGGCGCUGCGCAAUCCACGGGCACGUGCUGCGCCUCACACGGACACGCGCUGCGCAAUCCACGGGCACGUGCUGCGCCUCACACGGACACGCGCUGCGCAAUCCACGGACACGCGCUGCCCGCCCGCCCGCCGCGAGCCGAGGAUGGGGCCGUGAGCUCCAGACAGCAGCUGCCCGUGGCCGCCCCGCUCCGGCUCUGAGGCGUUCAGCCUUUCCUGCCUCUGGGCUGCGCCCGGACGGAACCCGGCUCCGGGGACCAGGCGGGAGAGCUGCAAAUGGAAAACUUCUUCCGAGAGGGCACCCGGGUGUGGCUACGGGAGCAAGAUCAGCUGCAGCCGUGCACUGUUGGCUCAUGCAAUGAUGGGUUGGUGCUCUUCACAACAGAUUAUGGAGAGGUAUUCUGCUACCCACAGGCUUCCUUAUCCAGGGAGAAGGUCUUGCCAAUGCACCAGACUAGUGUGGAGGGGGUGGAAGACAUGUCCAUGCUGGGAGACCUGCAUGAGGCUGCUAUUCUGCUCAACCUGCAUCAGCGCUACCAACAGGACAGCAUAUAUACGAACAUUGGUUCCAUCUUGGCAUCGGUAAAUCCAUACAAACCCAUCUCUGGUCUGUACAGUGCGAGUGCCAUGGACCUGUACAGACGGCAUCACCUGGGUGAGCUGCCGCCCCAUAUCUUUGCCACUGCUAAUGAGUGUUACUGCUGCUUGUGGAAGCGUCACGACAGCCAGUGUGUUCUGAUCAGCGGAGAAAGUGGAGCUGGAAAGACCGAGAGCACCAAGUUGUUGCUCAAAUUCCUGUCAGCUAUGAGCCAGAACUCUCUAGGGGGCCCUGCCUCUGAGAAGAGCACUCACGUGGAGGAAGCCAUCCUGGAGAGCAGCCCUAUCCUGGAGGCCUUCGGAAACGCCAAGACAGUUUAUAACAACAACUCCAGCCGCUUUGGCAAGUUCAUCCAGCUGCACUUCUCCCAUCAUGGACAUAUCCAGGGAGGGCGAGUCACCGAUUAUUUAUUGGAGAAGAAUCGAGUUGUGCACCAGAACCUGGGAGAGCGGAAUUACCACAUCUUUUAUGCAUUGCUGGCUGGUGUCAGUGGGGAGCAGAAAGAAGCCCUGUCUCUCUCUCAACCGGAGAGCUAUCGCUACCUGAACCAGUCCGGCUGUGUGAGUGAUGAGAACCUGAAUGACCUAGAGAUGUUCAACAAGGUCAUGACUGCUCUGAAAGUGAUGGAGUUUAGCACCGAAGAGAUACAUGACAUCUUCAAACUUCUCUCUGGCACUCUUCAGCUGGGAAACAUGGAGUUCAUGACGGCUGGAGGAGCCCAGGUUACAACCAAAGCAGUACUGAACAAUGCCAGUGACCUGCUGGGCUUAGAUGCCUUUCAGCUGUCUGAGGUGCUGACUCAGAGAUCCAUGAUUCUACGGGGAGAAGAGAUCAGUUCCCCUCUCACUGUGGAGCAGGCGGUUGACUCUAGGGACUCUCUCUCAAUGGCACUGUAUUCCCAGUGCUUCUCAUGGCUCAUUGGCAAGAUUAAUAUGAAGAUCAAAGGGAAGGAAAACUUUAAGUCUGUGGGCAUCCUGGAUAUCUUUGGCUUCGAGAACUUUCAGAUUAAUAGUUUUGAACAGUUUAACAUUAACUAUGCCAAUGAGAAACUCCAAGAAUACUUCAACAAACACAUCUUCUCCCUGGAGCAGCUAGAGUACAACAGGGAGGGAAUAAGCUGGGAAGCCAUUGAUUGGAUGGACAAUGCAGAGUGCUUAGAUCUCAUUGAGAAGAAACUAGGUUUGCUGGCACUGGUCAACGAGGAGAGUCGAUUUCCCAAGGGCACAGACAGCACCCUCUUGGAAAAACUGCACAGCCAGCAUGCGAGUAACCAUUACUAUGUGAAACCACGGGUGAUAGAUCACCAGUUUGGGAUCAGGCAUUAUGCUGGAGAGGUAUUGUAUGAUGUGAGAGGGUUUCUGGAGAAGAACAGAGACACCUUUCGGGAUGACAUUUUAAACAUGCUGAAGGACAGCAGGCUGGACUUCAUCUAUGACCUCUUUGAAAGAGUCUCCAGCCGGAGCAGUGAAGAAACUCUGAAGAUGGGAACCCAGAGGCGCAGACCAACCGUCAGCUCCCAGUUCAGGGACUCUCUCCAUUCCCUGAUGGCCACACUCAGCACUUCCAAUCCAUUCUUCAUUCGCUGCAUCAAACCAAACAUGGAAAAGGCACCAAACCUCUUUAACCCGGAUGUAGUUCUAAACCAGCUCCGGUACUCUGGGAUGCUGGAGACAGUGAAAAUUCGAAGAGCAGGCUUCCCCAUACGGCGUCUCUUCCCGGAUUUCCUCAGCAGGUACAAGAUGCUCAUGAAGAAUCUGAGUGUCCCAGACAACACCAAGGCUGUGUGUGCACAUUUCCUACAGACAUAUGACAGCACCAGGAAAGAGUGGCAGCUGGGUAAAAACAAGGUUUUCCUGAAGGAAGCUCUUGAACAGAACCUGGAGAAGGAUCGGGAAGAGGAGUUGAGGAAAGCGGCUAUAGUCAUCCAAGCCCACGUCUUGGGCUACAUGGCAAGGAAGAAGUACCGAAAGGUCCUAGUCAGUAUUGUGACAAUCCAGAAGAACUAUCGAGCGCACUUCUGGAAGAAAGCCCUCCUGCGACUGAAGGCGUCGGCUGUUGUCCUGCAGAAGCAUUGGCGUGGCCAGCUGGCUCGCAGCCUCUAUCGGCACCUACUGCAGCAGGAACAGAGGCGGAAACAGGAAGUGGAGGAGAGGAGAAGGCAAGAAGAGGAAGAGCAGAUCAGAAGGGAGGAAGAGGAAAGACAAUGGCAAGAAGAGGAGGAGCUUAGGAGGAAACAGGAGGAGGAAGAAGAGAAGAAAAGAGAAGAAGAGCAGCUGAAUGCUGUACUCCAGGUGGCUCAGGUGGAGGUGUUAAGAAUGCAGGAGGAGGAGAUCCCACUGCAGGAAGAGGAGAGAAGGCAGAUGGAGGAAAUCCUAAGGCUGGAAAAGGAGAUUGAGAAGCUACAGCAGCAGCAGAAGGCAGAUCACAUGUCCAUUGCCUGCGAAAACACCAAGAAUGAGAUUAACCGGCAGCGAGAAGAGGAGAUCCAGAGGCUAGAGAAGGAAGCAUCCAGGGUCGCUCAAGAGUUCUUGGAACUACUGGAUUUUGGAAACCUGGAUGAAAGUGUGCAAAGCCUAGAACAUUCACUCUCCAAUGACGGAACCCUCAACAUUGACUGCAGCCUUGUGGCGCCUCUGGCUGAGGAAGAAGUAGAUGAAGGCUUUCAUGCUGAUGAUGAGGGGCUCUCUGUCCCCAGCCUGGUUGUUCUGGAUCAACACGGCACCAGAACCAGCGACAACUCCACUGAGGAAGACACAUAUAUGAAUCUACCAUUUCGGAGAAGGGGUGAAGUGGAGGUAGACAGCACUACAGAUCAUCUUGUGGAAAGCCCCGAGGAGCACAGUGCCCCAUCUGACACCACAGAAAGUAUUUAUAACACAGUCUCAGAAACCCUGAGGAGUAACAGUGGGGAGAUGGGAGAGCCAAUUUACAGCUUCCCACCAGAUGUGGAGUCUGACUAUGACCACGAGGAGUUUGAUGGUUUUGGAGAUACUGGCAGCACCUUGGCUGAGCCCCUAAAUGGUGAGGAGGUCUUGAGGCGUUCCCAUGGUACCAGCAUGGACUCCAAUCGUGGCAGCCUAGACUCGUUUCUGGACAGUGAGGAGGAAGUGGAUGUUUAUAUAGACACAGACGAAGAAUUCUGCAAUGGCCGGGUCACAAUCUUCAAUGGCUCAGGACCACCCUAUUUUCACAGUUAUCUCUAUAUGAAGGGGGGUCUGAUGAACCCAUGGAGACGGCGAUGGUGUGUUCUGAAGAAUGAGGCCUUCAUGUGGUUCCGAACUAAGCAAGAGGCCCUGAAGUCAGGCUGGCUCUAUAAAAAAGGAGGCGGCUUGUCAACUCUGUCUCGCCGUAACUGGAAGCGCCGCUGGUUUGUUCUUCGAGAAUCUAAGUUGAUGUACUUUGAGAAUGACAGUGAGGAAAAACUGAAGGGGACAAUAGACAUCAGAAGGGCAAAGGAGAUUGUGGAUAUUCAUGAGAAGGAGAAUGCUCUGGAUAUUGUGACCGAGGACAGAAUUUACCACAUUGUGGCAGAGUCACCAGAAGAUGCCAGUGGUUGGUUUAAUGUUCUGAGCCGAGUGAACAGUGCCACAGUCCAACAGCUGAGGGAAAUGCAAGAUGAACAGGCAAAUCCGAAGAAUGCCGUGGGAACCCUGGAUGUGGGGCUCAUCGACUCUGUCUGUGCCUCAGACAAUCCUGACAGGCCAAAUUCCUUUGUGAUCAUCACAGCAAAUCGAGUGAUUCACUGUAACAGCGACACCCCAGAGGAGAUGCAUCACUGGAUCUCGCUCCUACAGAAACCCAAAGGCGAAUCCAAGAUUGAUGGUCAGGAGUUUCUUGUGAGAGGCUGGCUUCAUAAGGAAGUUCAAAGCAGCAACAAGACAUCCUCUCUGAAGGUGAAGAAACGCUGGUUUGUGCUGACAAACACUGCCCUUGAUUACUACAAAUCUUCGGAACGCACAGCCACCAAACUUGGCACGCUUGUUCUCAAUAGCCUCUGCUCUGUGGUCCAGGCUGAUGAGAGAGUCUUUAAAGAAACUGGCUACUGGAACAUCAUAGUCCAUGGUCGAAAGCACUCAUACAGACUCUACACCAAGCUACUGAAUGAAGCCAUGCGCUGGGCCUCUGCCAUCCAAGGAGUCAUUGACAUCAAGGUUCCCAUAGAAACACCCACACAGCAGCUUAUUCGUGACAUCAGGGAAAACAGUAUGAACUUUGAAGUAGUGGACCAGACAUAUAGGAGGAACCCUAUCCUGAGAUACACACAGCACCCUCUGCAUUCCCCAUUGCUGCCACUGCCCUAUGGAGAUGUCAGUAUCAAUAUGCAGCAAGAGAAGGGCUACAGCAGCCUGCAGGAUGAAGCCAUCAAGAUCUUUAACUCUCUGCAGGAGAUUGAGACAGUGUCUGAUCCCAUCCCCAUUAUCCAAGGCAUUCUGCAGACCUGCCAUGACCUAAAGCCCCUUCGUGAUGAAGUGUAUUGUCAACUAAUCAAACAAACUAACCACAUCCCACAGCCCAACAGUUCUGGAAACCUUCACCACUGGCAGCUGAUGUCCUGCAUGAGCUGCACUUUCCUUCCCAGUAGAGGGAUCCUCCGCUAUCUCAAAUUCCACCUUAGAAGAGUAAAAGACCUCUUUCCAGGCACAGAAAUAGACAGGUAUGCCCAGUUCAUCAAUGAUUCCCUGAAGAGAACCAAGACCAGGGAGUUUGUGCCCUCCCAGGAGGAAAUACUGGCUCUCAUCACUCGUGAAGAAAUGACCACAACUGUGUACUGCCAUGGCGGUGGCUCCUGUAAAAUCACCAUCAACUCCCACACCAGUGCAGGAGAGGUGGUUGAGAAGCUGAUCCGAGGGCUCGCCAUGGAGGACAGUCGUAAUAUGUUUGCCCUCUUUGAACGCAAUCAACACGUGGACAGGGCCAUUGAGAGUCGUGUAAUUGUUGCUGAUAUCCUUGCCAAGUUUGAGAGACUGGCUGGCUCCGAGGAAGAGGAGGAGGAAGGACAGUGGCAGCUGUAUUUUAAACUCUAUUGCUUCUUGGAUAUUGAGAAUGUUCCCAGAGAGGGGGUGGAAUUUGCCUUCAUGUUUGAGCAGGUAAGAUGUGUAAGGGGGAGGAGAUUUCUAAGGAUGUAUGGGCAGGUAGCUAUAAGUAGAGAAGAGGGGAGUUUACAUUCAUGUCAAGUGUGGGCAAGGCUGGGGAGAGGAGAGUUCAUGCCUUUCUGGCAAGCAAUUGGGUCACAUUGUUGGGAGAAGAGGAAGUUUCCUUUCAUGAUUGUGUAGCUAAGGAUAAAAGUUAGGAAGGGAGCCUGCUGCCUUAGUUCAUUGGCUGGGCUGCACUGUAUAGAGGUACAGAACAGCUUUUCUGGAACAGAAUAGUAGUACUAGGAAGUAAAGAGGAGAAAAGAGGUAGGAAGAAAAGAAAGGAGAAUGAUGCCAGCAAUUCCUGUCCUCAGUCAGAUUCUUGUCGUGUAAGUCAAACUUCUCUCUCUAGCAAAAUAAUGAAAUAAAUUUGAUGAGGACAACAGAACUGCAAGCCAAAAGCACAACUGGGGAUUGCAAAAAUUAAAUGUGGCUGGACACAUUUGAUUCCUUUUUUAUAAAAAUAUAAUAAAAAAGUGAAUAGACAAAGGCAUACACUACUAGAUCAUGGGCUAGAUUUUGUUACUUGUGGAUACUGAGCCAGCCAGGGGAUGAUCUCCACAGUGUAGUGGAUCACACCGACUGAUGCUCCA